UGCAAUUCUUCGCUCCGUCUGUGGGGGAUGUGGCGCGAGAGGUCCUGGCAACACUGUGUACACACAAACUUCUGCCUAAAAAAGAGAAAACAAUAAACGGUUUCCUUCUCUUUUUUCAAAUCUGAAGUCUUGGAAGUUUUUUUUACGUCUGUUUCUUCAAAACCCACCGGAAAUUGCGUUCGUCACGGUGAACAUGCCUCGCAGAAGACAGGUAGGAACAAAUAGACACAUGCCUGGGAGUGGUUCAGAUGGAACUGAAGACUCUGACUCCUCUGCUGAAAGAGAGCAGACCAAUAGUUCAGAAAGCGACGGCACCAUGCCCAAGAGACAGCGUCUCACCAGAGCCUCGACGCGCCUCAGCCAGAGCUCUCAGGACGCUCCGGACUCCAAACGAGCCGCGGACCACGAUGAGUCUCCGCCAUUGACGCCCACGGGCAAUGCCCCCUCCUCUGAAUCUGAACUGGACAUCUCCAGCCCCAAUGCCUCUCACGACGAGAGCCAGGCCAAAGACCAAGCCAACAGAGACUCCGAUAAAGACCUUUCCCAUCGACCCAAGCGCCGCCGCUGUCACGAGACCUACAACUUUAACAUGAAAUGCCCUACGCCUGGGUGUAACUCUCUCGGUCACCUCACAGGGAAACAUGAACGUCAUUUUGCUGUAUCAGGUUGCCCCCUUUACCACAAUCUCUCUGCUGAUGAGUGCAAGGUGAAAGCCAUCAGCCGCGAGAAACAAGAAGAGGAGGUGAAGGGGCAGGAAGAAAACAACUCGCGCCAUGCAACUCGUCACCAGACUCCAACAUCGAAACAGAGCAGAUACAAAGAGCAGGUGGCUGAGAUUAGGAAGGGACGAAACUCAGGCCUGCAGAAGGAGCAGAAAGAAAAGCACAUGGAGCAUCGGCAGACACAUGGCAACACCAGAGAACCUCUGUUGGAGAACAUCACCAGCGAAUAUGAUCUGGAGCUUUUCAGGAAAGCCCAGGCCCGUGCAUCUGAAGACCUGGAGAAGCUGCGUAUCCAGGGUCAGAUCACGGAGGGCAGCAACAUGAUCAAAACCAUCCUUUUUGGCCGCUAUGAACUGGACACCUGGUACCACUCCCCCUAUCCCGAGGAGUACGCACGUCUAGGUCGCCUCUACGUCUGCGAGUUCUGCCUUAAGUACAUGAAGAGCCAGACCAUCCUCAGGCGACACAUGGCAAAGUGUGUGUGGAAGCAUCCUCCAGGAGACGAAGUGUACAGAAAGGGGGCAAUAUCUGUGUUUGAAGUCGAUGGCAAAAAGAAUAAGAUCUACUGCCAGAACCUGUGUUUACUAGCCAAGCUGUUCCUGGACCACAAAACGCUGUAUUACGACGUGGAGCCGUUUCUCUUCUACGUCAUGACAGAGGCCGACAACACCGGCUGCCAUUUAGUGGGAUACUUUUCUAAGGAGAAGAAUUCCUUCCUGAACUACAACGUAUCCUGUAUCCUGACGAUGCCGCAGUACAUGAGACAGGGCUUUGGCAAGAUGCUCAUUGACUUCAGUUACCUCCUGUCCAAAGUGGAAGAGAAGGUGGGCUCACCAGAGAGGCCCCUGUCAGACCUGGGCCUCAUCAGCUACCGUAGCUACUGGAAAGAAGUGUUACUCAGAUACAUGUACAACUUUCAGGGCAAGGAGAUCUCAAUCAAAGAGAUCAGUCAGGAAACUGCCGUCAAUCCGGUGGACAUUGUGAGCACCCUGCAGUCUCUUCAGAUGCUCAAGUACUGGAAGGGAAAACACUUGGUUUUGAAGCGACAGGACCUGAUUGAUGAGUGGAGAGCAAAGGAGAUCAAGCGAGGCAACAGCAACAAAACCAUAGAGCCCAGCUCUUUAAAAUGGACGCCUCCAAAAGGGACAUGAGCACCGAGAACCUCAGGCUACUGAAACAACUCACCUCCAGCCUCAUCAGCCACAAGUAGCCUCGACCUACCAACUGUCAAUAAAGAUUAGUGUUUUCUUUCUUCUUAAAAAAAAUCCUGCUUAAUUCUGCUUCUUUGUGUCAUGAAACUUUUUUUUUUAAACUUUUCUAUUUUACUUUCAUUCAUAUUUGAAGCACCAUACGUUCCAAGUUGAAUGAUUCUUUACUAUACUUUGUCAAACACCUAAGUGUAGAGAAUCUUUUUUGUUUAAAAACUGCCUAAGUCAACUAAGCUUUGAAUGUGAAAUGAUGCGUGUUCCAGUUUGGUGGAUAACAUGAAUGUUUUGCUUUGCUCAUGCAAAAAAAUACAUACAUAUAUUUGGCAGAUGGUAAUUUUUUAUUUCUUUCAGGAAAUGUGCAUUUUGAAGGUGACAGUUAUUUUUGUCUGGGAUUAAUACAGUCAUUGUUAGCAUGAACUGAAGCCGUAAGCAGAGUGUAUUUCAAGGAGUAUGACGUAUGUUUGUCUUCUUUGGUGUAAAAUUGUAUAGAUCAUAGUAAUGUGUACUUUUUUCCCCCGUAACUCCCAUCAAUACAGGAUUUGGAUCCAUUCCUCCGAUGAACCUGCCAAAUAAUGGAAUAAUCAUUUUUUUAAUUUGCUGAGAAUGAAAUACAAUGAUGACAAAGCCACUGCAAGAAUGCACAUAGAAUCAAAGCAGCCUCAGGUUUUUAUACUGAUCCAAUCGCACCUUGCUUGUGUGGUUCCUCUGAAACAUCGAUCCCGGUGGUUGUUGCUGGUGGAUUUAUUCUGGUUAAAGAUUCUGUCAUAAAAACAAGAAAAAUUAUAUAUGGGAUUACUUUUGCCUUGUACUUUUGAGCAUAAUUGUUAAAUGUGUAUUAUGAAUUUGAUAUUUUUUAAUAUCAAUAAAGCUGCGUUGAUAUUUUGAAAUUAA